UCCUGGUGGAAAGCUGCGUGUCAUGUAGCUGUACCGAAAUGUCAGUUGCUAACUGAGGGCAUAUCUUGUUGUUAGUUCGCAUUAAUUUUGUAGCUCAUGCGAAAGAGACUGUAAACAGAAACAAUUUGAGGACGCUGUAAUCGGACAGGAAACGGUUUAAUUCAGUAGUAUAAACAAGGAUUGGCGGGGGGGCAAUGCAGAGCUUCACAGCGAUAAGGUCGUUUGUUUUCAAGUAUCCUAAAACUAUUACUGUGGUCACAGUAACAGGAGUGGGCCUUUUUGGUGUGAAGAAAUGGAUGGCAGGUGGAGCGUGUCACAGCAAAGCCUCGUUGGAUGGAAAGACUGUCUUGAUCACUGGAGGCAACACUGGGAUCGGCAAAGAAACUGCUGUUGAUCUGGCUAGAAGGGGUGCGAGGGUCAUUCUGGCCUGUAGAGACACGGACAGAGCUAAUAAAGCUGCAGAGGACGUGAGAAAGAGGAGUGGAAAUGAAAAUGUUACUGUUAAGAAGUUGGACUUGGCUUCUCUACGGUCAGUACGACAAUUAGCCAAAGAUGUCUUAGCAAGUGAAGAGAGGCUGGACAUUCUCAUCAAUAAUGCAGGUGUUAUGUGCUGUCCAAAAUGGCAGACUGAAGAUGGCUUUGAAAUGCAGUUUGGCGUGAACCACCUGGGCCACUUCCUUUUAACAAACUGCCUUUUGGAUCUCCUGAAGAAGUCGGCUCCAAGCCGCAUCGUCAAUGUCUCCAGUUUAGCUCAUGAAAGAGGUCAAAUCUAUUUUGAUGACCUAUAUCAAGAGAAAGAUUACCACCCUUGGAAAAGCUACGCGCAAAGUAAACUAGCUAAUGUCCUCUUCACAAGGGAGCUGGCUAACAGGCUACAAGGUACCGGAGUAACGACAUACAGCCUCCACCCUGGAAUAAUCCGGACUGAGCUUGGCCGACACUUCUGGCCCACGAUGCCCCUGUGGAAGAGAGUUGUCUAUGCACCACUCAGGUUCCUCAUCAAGUCUCCAAAAGAAGGGGCUCAAACCACCAUCUACUGCGCUGUUAUGGAAAGCUUGCAGAAUGAAAGUGGACUCUACUACAGGACCUGCUCCUUUCACGUGACCACUAGAUGGCAGUGUCAAGUCAACCAUCACCCGGAUUGGGGCUGUGUGGCCACCAGGCUCGUCAUUAGCACAUGAUGAGGCUGCACUUCUUGAGAGAAGGAAAUGCAGGCUACUAGAUGAAUAUUUAAGAGGGAUAAAGGAACUGAGUAGCAACAAAUUCAGCGCAAGUGGACAUCCAAGGUCAUUGUGAAAUAAAAUUUAAAAAAAUGUAAUUCAUCGUGGAUGAAUUAUAGAUGGUUUUAAGGUGUGCAUGUGUUAUGUGUUAUGCAUUUUGUUUAUUAUAACGAUGUCAUAUUUCAUCUUCCAAUGAAAUAUGACCUCUUUUAUGGAGGUAUGUUUUUUUUUAGCUUUUUACACUUAAAGUUACGAAGGAUUUGGACAUGCUUGCAUCAGAGGGCAUAAAAACCUGCUGGGUAAUAUUGUAAGUAGUGUUCAGAGCAUCUAAUGAUACAUAAUAUACUCAUAGUUAUUAUCAAGAAGAAUUCCACAUGUGCAGAUUUAACCAACUACACACUUAUCAAGGAACAUGCUAGGAGUGUUUAAAAUGAUUUUCUUAACACUAAUAAUAAUAAGUGAAGCCACUCAGGAGAAAGACACCUUCAGAGUAGCUGACACACCAAAGUUUAUACAAUAAAUGAAGCAUGUUCACAUACUUUAUUAAAAUGCUCUGUAACAGGACAGCAGAGUUGACAUGUUCAGUUUUUUUAACUCUAAUAAAACUCUAAGAAAUCUAGGUCAUUUGUGCUGAGCAAAUAGAAAAUAGAUUUCAGCAAUGUCACUUGUUAUUGUUAAUGAUGCCUUUUCUACUGUAAGCCACGGCUGUCCUGCUAAACUGACUUUUUUGAGUAAUUUGACUGUGAUAAUAUGGGAAUGACUGUAGUAGCGGUUAAUGUUUAAACGAAAUGGUAUCAUACAACCCGCACAUUUGAGCUACAUAUCUUCAUGCCGUGAACACUAAAACAGUACUGGGUCUCAGGCAGCCAGGAAAUGAGAGAUGUGGGCAAGCUAAUUAUUAUGCCAGUUUGUCCCUGAGUAUGAGCAUGAUUUGGGAUGAGUGUUUCGGUUUAAUGAUCAUUUCCAGAUGACAGAUUGAUGACAGCAGAGGGCUAAUUUCUUGGUAAUUGUGACACAAACACAUUAAGGAUGAAGGAGGGACACACACACACACGCUCACACACACACACACAGAAUUGCAUUGCUACAAAAUACUGCAGUGAAAAGGGAGAGAAAAGGGGUAUUAAAGAUCACAACCUCAAAUAUCAACUCUGCACAGUGUUGCCAAGUCCUGUUGCUAUGGAGAUUGCAUCCUACUGCAGGUGUGAGUAACGACAGAGGAAGUCAACUGUGCUUCCCUCUCUGUGUCUCUUUUUCUCCUCUUUAUUGUAC